GAGCUGAGGUCGCCUUUGUUGUCCUACAGGGAAGGCAGGUGAGACUCCCUUCCUUCCAAAUGGGCUCUUCCUUUUACCGAGUUCUCCUAUUGGUUGGCUUCUGUGCUCCAAUGUCCUGCAUGUUGUCAUUCAAUUCCAACAACCGGGAGUGCCCCCACCCUCUCUCUAUGAAGAGAAACCCAGCCUCCCAGGUGACUCCCAGCAACACCAAGUUCGCCUUCCUCCUAUACCAGAGGCUGGCUCAGAAGAGUCCAGGUCAGAAUAUCCUCUUUUCUCCUGUGAGUAUCUCUACUUCCCUGGCCAUGCUGUCCCUGGGGGCCUGCUCAGCCACCAAGACGCAGAUCCUCCGGAGCCUCGGUUUCAACCUCACGCACAUUGCGGAGCGCACCAUCCACCUGGGCUUCGAGCAGCUGGUCCACUCGCUGAACGCGUGCCACAGAGACCUGGAGUUGCGGAUGGGCAGUGUCCUCUUCAUCAGGAAGGAGCUGCGGCUGCAGGCCAAGUUUCUGGACAGGGUUAAGAAGCUUUAUGGGACAAAAGUCUUUUCUGAAGACUUCUCAAAUGCUGUCACUGCCCAGGCCCAGAUCAACAGUUAUGUGGAGAGGGAGACCAAAGGGAAGGUGGUAGAUGUAAUCCAAGACCUUGACUCUCAGACAGCAAUGGUCCUGGUGAACCACAUCUUCUUUAAAGCCAACUGGACCCAGCCCUUUAGUGCUGCAAACACAAACAAGAGCUUCCCAUUCCUUCUGAGCAAGGGCACCACUGUGCAUGUUCCCAUGAUGCACCAGACCGAGUCGUUUGCCUUUGGAGUGGACAGAGAGCUGGGCUGCUCUAUUCUGCAGAUGGACUACAGGGGAGAUGCCGUGGCCUUCUUUGUCCUCCCUGGUAAGGGCAAGAUGCGGCAGCUGGAGAGGAGUCUGUCACCCAGGAGGCUGAGAAGAUGGAGCCGCUCACUCCAGAAAAGGUGGAUCAAGGUGUUCAUCCCCAAAUUUUCCAUCUCUGCUUCCUACAACCUGGAAACCAUCCUCCCUGAGAUGGGAAUCCGAGACGCCUUUAACUCAAACGCUGACUUCUGCGGAAUUACAAAGACACACUUCCUGCAGGUUUCUAAGGCCGCUCACAAGGCUGUACUGGAUGUCAGCGAGGAGGGGACAGAAGCCGCAGCAGCCACCACCACCAAACUUAUAGUCCGCUCAAGGGACACCCCAUCUUCCACCAUCGCCUUCAACGAGCCCUUCCUGAUUCUACUUCUAGAUAAAAACACAGAAUCCAUUCUCUUUCUGGGGAAAGUUGAAAACCCCAGGAAAAUGUAGAUUGGAAGAGAACUGUUGGCUGGCCGCAUGCUAUUAAUUCACAAGAAAUAGGUGUGUGUCGGAAGAUGCUAGCAAGGUGAUAUCAAGACCCAUUUCCUUGAUUGAGGCCUACUUGACUCCAACAGGAGAGCAUUGGCCUCUGGGGUAGCACGCUGGGGCCCAACCAUAGAAAAGACAUCAGGGUCUGGUCACCCUUCCAGUGGCCCCUCCCACCUGCUUUCCCAUGUAGCCUUUUCCUGGAAUGUGACAGGGCAGGCACAGCUCAAUGCCUCAGAUCUCUUGGGAAUGGCGGCGCACAGGACUCGGUACCCUUGCUUUUACGGCUGACUCCCACCACUGCAUUCAAUAAACCUGAAAUGU